AUGCAGUUGACAUCACGCAGUCUUAAAUUCUCAUUUCUCUGUCUUGAGAAGAAACGCGGUGGGGGUUCUGCUCAGUUGAUACUUAUUGGGACAAGCGUUAUAGAAAAAAGUGGCUGUAAUGAAACUGUAGUUUUACCUUGUCAUGUGACUAAUCUAAGGCAGAAAAAUGAAAAUGCCAUGUUUGUUAUAUGGAAAAAGGAAGGAGAUACAAUUUUUUCUUAUCGUGGAGGAAACAAGAAGUAUAAUGUUGAUAACUCGUUUUCAUCUGCAAAAUUUUUACACCCCGAGAAUUUAACCGACGGUGAUGCCUCUCUGGUGCUCAGCAGUAAACAAGCAGUGGUUGGAAAUUACAGCUGUGAAGUAACAGAGUCAAACAGAGAAGGAGAAUUAAGAAUGGAACUUAGAAACGGCUCAGUUGCCAGUUGCGGCGACGAAACACCAGAGGAAAAAUGUGGAUCAUGGUUCCUUCUAGUGGAAAGGGCUGUCAUCGUAUCAUUGGUGAUCUUACUUGUUAUUUUGUGUGCAGCUCAGUUAACUUUUAUUGGAUUAAAAUACGAAAUUGAAUCUCAGAGGAAAGUGUGCAUUAUUGUAGCACUUGUCAUCUUUGCAGUUGUAGCUGCUGUAGGCGCUGCUCUUUUUAUCCAAGAUGGCUAUACUGUACAGAAUCAGGCUGGCCUUGGCCUAAUGGUAAUCCCUGCUGUGAUUUUGGUACCACUUCAGUAUGUCAUGUUUGGAAUUGUUUUUGACAGUCAGCUUCAGGCAACCUUGGCUCUGAUAGGUUUGAAACUUCUUGGUUUUAUAAUUGCUGUGGUUGGUUUUGCACUGUGUGUCCCAGCCUGUCCUCCAUUACAUGGGUCUGUUCUGAUUGCUGGCAUAGCUAUUAUGGCUAUUGCAAGUUUGCUCAGUCUGGCUUACGUGUUUAUUAUGGGUUCCAGAAUGAAAGAUCAUCCUCGUCCGGGGAAAGCUGUAGAAGAACCACUAAAUGAUGCAAAAGGAGUGAUGUUAGAAUGAUGAACUGCAGAGUUAUGUGAUGCGUAUAUAAAAAGUACACCGUUGUUGAUACACCGUGGCCUUGAAGAUGCACUACUCAACGAGAAGAAAUUCAGGAAUCUAGUUGUUUUGCAUGUGUGGCAAAAGUGCUUUUGAUAUAAAUGACAUAAUUUUAUAGUCACAGCAGCUGUAGCAAGGAACAUGUGUGUUUGCCCACAUGUGAUCUUUAUUUUCUUUUGUUAUGGUGUAUAUGGGAUAGUUGAGGGUGAGGAUAUAAAAAGCACUAUUUGCCCAGUACAGAGUCUCCCUGCAGUAAUCCUUAGUGGUAUUAUUUUCAAAAACUAUCAUUAAUCACUGCUUUGAUAAUGGGCCCGCUGAGCCCAGAGAUUGCAAUACCAUUUAGACUAUUGUUUUCUUUAUUUGUGUGCAUGGACAAAGUAUGGUUUACGUGUAUGAUACAAGCAGGAGGUAGCGAUUGUACAAAUACAUCUUUUCUGACAUUCAGCAAAUUUUUAUUUAAAAAAAAAAGAAAUAAAAAAUUACACACAAAGUUUCAUAAGUACAAAGUAUAAUCCCAGCUCUCCUGAAAUUAUUAACAGAGUUCUAAUUCCAUGAGACUUUAGUACUCCUCUCUGUGGACAGUAGUCAUGUGUGCUCUGGUGGCUGAUAUUUUUGUCCAGUGAGAGGGCUCUCCGUGCCUCUUCUGUAUCCUUUGAUGAGAAACUGCUCAGCUGUUGGAGCCUAAUUCAGCACUGGAAUUACAGAGCACAGGAGCUGGUAAUCUUAAUGCUGAAUGUGGUUCUUGUGUGUGUUCAUGUUGUGCAGUGUGUGGAACUGGAAGCAAUUUCAGGCUUUCUUAACUCAGUGAAUUUGUGAAAGUCGUGGAUGCUUCAUAAAAAUAGGAGUUGUCCUAUUUAGUAUAUUUUUGACAGAGUUUAAAACCUUGUUUUGUGGAAUGGAAAAGAGCUAUAUAAUUUCUGGCCCAGGUUUGUGUUGCUGCCAUUACAUCACAAAUACAUAAAAUAAAAAGUACGAGGAGCUGAUGAGUGAGGAAUCUCAGUUUCUGUAUAUAUCUAAUGGUAUGGUUAAAAAUAAGUUUACUAGAACUUGCACAUUCCAUGAGAUUCUGCUAUGUUUUACAGUUGUUUUGAGAGUUGUUCCAAUAUAGUUGGCUGCUCUUGGACUUUGUGUAUGCUUUGUAGAAAUCUUGACACUGUUUCCUGUUUGUACUAAGGUACUGUAUUUCAAAGGCACACACGGUUUUCUCCUAACAAUUUAAAACUUGGUUUGGAAAGCUGUUGCCAAGCAGUCAUGUAAUAAAAUCCAUGUUUUUAAAGAUACUGAGUAAUUUGGCACUUCUCAGAGUUGAAUGUUACAAACCAAGGUUCAUAUCCAUGUUGUGGGUGCAUGUUGCAGGGAUUUGGGUCUCUGCACGUUGAGCUCCAAGUUGCAUUAAGAAUUCAACAAAGCAAAAUUAGGUGUCUCAUUUUACAGUAGGUGCGGUUGUAAUCAUCCCUCUUGCCAAGGCUGCAGGAUUGAGCCAUUUAAAGCAAGACAUGGGCCAGCCCUCACUGGGAUCAAUGGAACUGGACACAGGGAAGAGGGUUAGCCAUACAAUAAAAUACGGGAGAAGCACGUAUGGCUCACACUUACUGUCCUACUUUACCAGUGGGAGUAUUCAUGUAGGGUUUGAGCUCUUACAUAUGAAUCUUUUGGUGCAGGUCUUUCCAUAAUCUCAGUGAUAUCCAACUAAUGAUGGGAGAUGGUUCUCCAUUACAAUUAAAAAUAAAAAUUUUUCUAGUUUAAUACUGUGCAGUGCUCCCUGUUUAUAACUAGUGAUUCCCUCUGGCAAGUUGAAAGUCUUAGCAGCCGAGGAAUUAAAAAACAAAUCAACUGGAAUUCUGUUGAGGUACUCUGCCUUAUAAAAACAAUUAUGUAUAAUAGCUUUAUGUUAAUUUUUGUAAAGCAAACUGCAGCAGAACCCCGCUGUGUCACGGUGGGAUCAGGCCGAGCUGCUCCUAGGAAUUGUCAAAACGUAAGAAGCUCAGUGGCUGUCUACGGGCUGCAGAAUUGUGGCCCCAGAAAUGGGAGAACCCCACCAUCCUGUUGUGUUAAGGGCUGGAUUUUUUCUAGGUGGGAAUUUAAAAGUGAGAGUUUAAAAAGUCAUUGGUACACCCAGCCAGCCCUUUCCCACCAGUAGUUAAACCAAAGUUGUUCAUAACUGUAUGCUUUCAUUUGUGUGUGUACAUAUGUGUGUAUAUAUAAAUAUAUAGACAUUUUAAAUAUCUAUAGAUCUAUAGUCUUUACCCAAGAAACUUUUUAUUUAU